GAUCCAAGGGUGAACAAUUGGACGAUGAUGUCGAGUCCCUUCCCCACUCUAGCCAUAUGCAUCUUCUACGCUUAUUUCUCCAGAGUUAUCGGGCCCAGACUAAUGGAGAACAGAAAACCGUUCAACCUGCGGAACGUGCUGAUAGUUUACAAUUUAAUACAAUGUAUAUUUAGCGCAUGGAUAUUUUAUGAAUACUUGAUGAGUGGGUGGUGGGGGAGCUACAGUUUUCGGUGUCAACCAGUGGAUUAUUCGAAUGAUCCUAUGGCUUUGAGGAUGGCUAGGACGUGUUGGUGGUACUACUUCUCGAAAUUCACGGAGUUCUUCGACACCCUGUUUUUCAUUUUGCGGAAGAAAAACAGCCACGUGUCAACUCUUCACGUCAUCCAUCACGGAUGCAUGCCUUUCUCCGUUUGGAUGGGCAUGAAAUUUGCUCCAGGUGGUCACAGCACAUUUUUCGCCUUGCUCAACACUUUUGUACAUAUUGUGAUGUACUUCUACUACAUGAUCGCGGCUAUGGGACCAAAAUACCAAAAGUACAUCUGGUGGAAGAAAUACUUGACCACUUUCCAAAUGGUCCAAUUUGUGGCGAUUUUCAUCCACCAGUUCCAGCUUCUAUUCACCGAAUGCAACUACCCUAAAAGCUUCAUGGUUUGGAUCGCCCUGCACGGAAUCAUGUUCUUCUUCCUUUUCUCUGAUUUCUACAAGGUCAAAUACACCAGCGACAAAAAGGCUGUGAAGAGGAGCGAAAAUAACGGUGCCUGCAUGCCUGUAUUGGAUGACGCACCAAACGGUCUGAAAAAAUCGAACAGCAAUGGCACACUGAACAACACGUACAUCAAGAGCGAGUACUCGGAUUCGUACGAAGCGUACUAUUCUAACGGCAGCACAAAAGGUUUUGUCGCACAAACCAUCACGAAACAACAGCCGAACAACAAGAAAAUAGAAUAGGGUGCAUUGUAGAUAUUCUAAAUCCUGUAAAUCCGAAAAUCAAAACUUGGUACAAAUCGUACAAACUGAUCGUUGAUUUACCUAUUCCACCAGAAGAUGCCUGAGUUAAUGGAACCGCACAUGUCGACCACCUUCUUUAGGCGCCAGCGUUGCUAAAUAUCGGACUGUUGCCGCAAGGUAUGGGAUUUACUUUUCGCGAAAAGGAGUAAUCACGGGCGAGGUAGUUAUAAUUUUUGAAGAAUAAACACGUUUUUUUAACAGGAAAUUGACUACUUCUGAGGAAAUUAUUAUGAUCCUACGUGGCAACAUGGCUCAAAUCCGGCGUAGGGUUGGGCCGUUAAUCAAUGCUGAAUCUAACAACUUAUUUCACAUAUGGCAACGCCGCUGUCAGCUAUGUGUCAUUUGAACUAUUAUUUCUGAGGCGUUUGAACUACUGUUUGUUUCAUUUGAACUACUGUGCAUAGAGUCUUUCUUUUCUAAUGAAAUUACUACAGUCGUAUUUGCAACAUGAUGGUGAUUCUAGAAAUUGUUGUUGAAUAUGCAAAUACUGCAGCAUGGUUGGGUGUUUAAUCAAAGCUACAAUCUACCAACUUAUUUUACACAUGGCAACAUCGCAGUUAUGUGCUAUUUGAACUACUAUCCCUAUGGCAUUUGAACUACUAAACUCGACUCAAUUGAAAUACUGCUUGUUACAUUUGAACUACUAUGCACGGAGUCUGCAUUUGCUAAGGAAAUUCCUGCGAUUGUAAUGGCAAAUUGGCUGUGACAAUGGAAAUUGUUGUUGAAUAUUCAAACCCAGCUCAGCGUUAGGCAUUUAAUCAGUGCUACAAUCGACCAACUUAUUUCACAUAUGGCAACGCCGCUGUCAGCUAUGUGUAAUUUGAACUAUUAUUUCUGAGGCGUUUGAACUAAUUUUUGUUACAUUUGAACUACUAUGCACAAAAUUUUUCUUUUCUAAUGAAAUUACUGCAAUCUUAUUUGCAACAUGAUGGUAAUUCUAGAAAUUGUUGUUGAAUAUGCAAAUACUGCAGCAUGGUUGGCUGUUAAAUCAAAGCUGCAAUCUACCAACUUAUUUUAAACAUGGCAACAACGCAGUCAGUUAUGUGCCAUUUGAACUACUAUCCUUAUGGCAUUUGAACUACUGAACUCGACUCAAUUGAAAUACUGCUUGUUACAUUUGAACUACUAUGCACGGAGUCUGCAUUUGCUAAGGAAAUUCCUGCGAUUGUAAUGGCAAAUCGGCUGUGACAAUGGAAAUUGUUGUUGAAUAUUCAAACCCAGCUCAGCGUUGGGCAUUUAUUCAAUGCUACAAUCUACCAACUUAUUUCACAUAUGGCAACGCCGCUGUCAGCUAUGUGUAAUUUGAAAUAUUAUUUCGGAGGCGUUUGAACUAAUUUUUGUUACAUUUGAACUACUAUGCACAGAGUUUUUCUUUUCUAAUGAAAUUACUGCAAUCUUAUUUGCAACAUGAUGGUAAUUCUAGAAAUUGUUGUUGAAUAUGCAAAUACUGCAGCAUGGUUGGGUGUUAAAUCAAAGCUACAAUCUACCAACUUAUUUUAAACAUGGCAACAACGCAGUCAGUUAUGUGCCAUUUGAACUACUAUCCCUAUGGCAUUUGAACUACUGAACUCGACUCAGUCGAACUACUGCUUAUUACAUUUGAACUACUAUGCAUCGAGUCUGCAUUUGCUAAGGAAAUUCCUGCGAUUGUAAUGGCAACAUGGCUGUGACAAUGCAAAUUUUUGAUGGAUUUUCAAAUCCAACGCAAGAUUGGGCAUUUAUCAAUGCUACAAUCUAAUCUGCCAACUCAUUUUACACAUAUCAACGCCGCUAACAGCCAUGUGUUAUUUGAACUAUUAUUCCUGACGCAUUUAAACUUUUUGUUACAUUGGAACUAUUUUUGUUUCAUUUGAACUACUGUGAUGGUAGAAAUAUGCAAUGUUUGGGUAUUAAAUCAAAGCUACAAUUUACCAACUUAUUUUACACACGGCAACAUCGCAGUCAGCUAUGUCAUUUGAACUACUAUCCCUGUAGCAUUUGAACUACCAAACUCGACUCAUUCGAACUACUGUUUGUUACAUUUGAACUACUAUACAUGGAAAUUACUGCUAUCUUAAUGGCAACAUGGCUAUGAGGUUGGAAAUUGUAUGCGACGUUCAAUUACAGCACAGCGUCAGGCAUCUUCUUGGGGAAUACGUUAAACAAUGGUACAGUAUAAUAAAUCAACUUCUUGAGUUGAAUCUGAGCAUGAUUAGCGUAAUGUUGUUUUGACAAUUGCAGUUGCAGUUGUCAAAAAAUGUCUACUUGCGAUACCAAAGACUAGCCAUAAAGCAAUGGAGGAACUCAGGUUUCUCUACAGCCUGGAUUGCUGGUCCUACUAUUUUUUUAUGAAUAUUAUGGAUUGUUUUCCUUUUAAUCGUUUUGCGAGGCAAGUAUUGUCUUUUAUUUGGGUUUCUGGAAAUUCGGAAAACGCUUUCAAAAUUGCGUUCGUACUGUGGCAGACGUAUUUGAUUUACACUUGUAGAUAUACCACAAACCCAAAGUCUUUCUAAUGCCACCAAGAUGAAAAUACGGCUGAAAUCUGAAAUAGUAGCUGAAAAACUAUACAUAUAUUUCAUCGUAGAUUGUGACAAAAAAUGAAAUUUUACGCGAGACGUUGUUUUGAUAUUACAUGUUUUGAAAUAUGCACUACCCUUCAAAAGUAUUUGAACGCCCAGAAAGCAAAGAAACAGAUGGAAGUUAUUAAACAAAAACAUUACAAUAUUCUAAUGGCAAAUAAAUUCCUGGCUAAUGAUGAUUUCCAUGGUGAUGGUUUUCAAUAUAUAAAGAAAAAUAAAUACGUACUCUGAAGUUAUUUUUUUGUUUACGAUUUUAAAUGGAAAUAUGCAGUUGCUAAAAUACUUUUGAACGCUAGUGUAUGUCUAUCAAAAUUAGCCCAAUCUAUCAUUUACUAAAAAAAAGGCGAAAUCGACAAAACGGAUUUUGGUCUAGUUCUGUAUUAAAGCCCUGAUAUUCAUUAUCCUUAGCUACUUUAUAAUGACUCUAAAAGCUGUUCUAGAUAUUCUAUCUCGGUAUGUUUUUUUCUAUAAAAAUGUGGUAUUGUUAAAGCGUUAAAAAAAUCAAUGGCAUCAUUGCCGACCAUUUUUGUAAAUAUUAAAUAUUUUAAAUAGAAUAAAAAAUAGAUAUUUGAAUAUAAUUUUGUUCAAUUGCCCUCUAUGGGACCAGAUGUAAUUCAAGCAAUUUUAACUUUAUUUUCGUAUUAUGAAAGCUUCCUACCAAGUGUAUGAAAGAAAAUCGCAAAGUAUUUCUUCAGAGGAAAAUAUAAUUAAGAAUGAAAACUGGAAUAUACAUUAGAAUUUGAAAUUGCGAUAUUAUUGAGCCCAAUGAAAUUCACGACUGUUCAUCGUGUGAAGUGUAAAGUGAUUUUUACAUGCCUUUUUGUAUAUAAACUCCACUAUAAAACCCUGAAAUUCUUCGUGGAUCUUGUUCAAUUGAUGUUACGAGGGUUGUUUCAAAAAUAUUUUUUCAGGAACAAGGAAUUUUUUAUUUGAAAAAACGAAUUCAUCAUUGGAAACGCUGAUCUUUUUCUCAAUAGACGCCAUUUUUUUAGACGUGAAAUCGACUUUAGCACAUCGCGAAUGGCCGCCUCUUGUUGGGAUCGGGGGUGGGGGAGCCGACAAACACGACGCUGUUGCCAGAUUUCGCCAAGCAUCACCCUCGUAAAACUAUCGUACUAUUUAUUUUAGCAGGUUACUAUAAAUUUUGAGAAGAUGAAAUGAGAGGUUUUUUUAAGGUUUCUUACUUGGUCAAAGGUAGAAGUACUAGUUGAUUGGAAUCAACCGUUAGUGCCUGAUCAUCAGCGACAUUUUUGUAACGUUUGUGAAGCUUAGCUUUCUGUGGCACAACUUUUGUAGUCCGGUACUGACCUCUGCCAUUUAGAAAACUUAAAAACUUGAAUUUUACAUUUGUGGUUUUUCUGUAUUUCAUAAGAUUCAU